AUGAACAACACUGAGAGUAAUAGGGAUUUUAAGCUAUCUAUAUUUAGUAUAUUAGAAUUCUUGGAUCCCAUAGCUUCAAAAGUUAUAUCUAAUCUAUCUUCAUCAUCUUAUAGCACAUCUUUCGAAAGGGAAGUGGAAGACAAUGGAGGAACUGAUGGGUUAGAAGCUCCAUCAAAACCGCAAAUACGACAUCUUCAUCGUUACCAUUCUGAUGGUUUAAUAACGAAAAUUCCAAUAGAUGAAUUAAAAAAGAAAGUUUUACUAAGAGUGAAACGAUUGGAUGAACCAUUACAAUCAAUCUUCUUCAAACAUACAACAAAAUUAGAGAAACUCUUUUAUCCUUUCACUCUAUCGAAUAUCUUUUUAAUUGGAUUUAUAAUGGGCAAAUUCCCUGAAUGGUUCCAUAUUUAUUACACAGUUCUAUUGUGUAUUCUAAUGCCAAUCAGAUUUUAUACAUAUUAUAAAGCUAAAAACCAUUAUUUUAUGGCGGAUUUAUGCUAUUUUGUCAAUUUUAUGUGUCUACUUUUCAUAUGGGUAUUUCCGAAUGCAAAUAACCUGUUUCAAUCAUGUUUUGCCCUCACAUUUGGUUCUUUAUCCUUUGCCGUUAUCACUUGGAGAAACUCCCUCGUUCUCCACUCUAUUGACAAAACAACUUCCUGCUUUAUACAUAUAAUGCCGCCUUGUACAAUGUAUGUCAUAUUCCAUGCUUUACCAGAACCAUACAAGGCAAAAAGGUUUCCGGGUGCCACUAAGUAUGUGAACUUGAAGACAAACGUCUUGUGGACUUCCUUCUAUUACCUGAUAUGGCAAUGCCUAUAUCACUAUUUUAUAACAUUGAAAAAGUCAUCUAAAAUAAAAGCAGGUGAGAGAAUGACCAGUUUUGAAUAUUUAACUGGUCACCAAUUUAAGAAUUUUUGGGCUGUAAAAUUGAAGGCACCAUGGCCUCUGAUUAUUUAUACUUUACUACAAUAUUUCUAUCAGCUUGGUACGAUGCUAUUAUGCACAAUCUGGCUAGGUAAUAAAACUGCUUCGUCACUGUUCUUAUUAUUUAUAUUCCUAUCUGCCUCAUUCAACGGUGCUACCUAUUACGUUGACUAUUAUGGAAAGAAUUUUGAAAAAGAAGUUGACAAAUUGCGUCAAGAAUUGGAACUUUUACAGCAACAAAUUAACAAUAAAAAUAGUGCGAAUGAAGAUAAUAAAUCUUUUGAGUCCAUCAAUACAAGUAGUGUGUAUUCUCUGGCAUCAAAUGACGCCAAGAGUAUUAUCUCGAGUGUUGGUGGUGGUGAACUUAACAAUCAAAUGAGUGAUCCUGAAAUGUCAAAGAAAAUUGAAUGA